AUGAUUAAUGAAUCCUAUAUGAAGUAUCGAUCUGAACAGCUGUCAUGGCGUCCUUUGCAGGAAGUUUCUUUCCAGAUUUCAUGCGCAGAUAAUUCAACAUUGCAAAGGCUUGAAAUUCGAAAAAUGAAUUUAGACCGAGCCCUUCUUCCUGGGCCAUUAUGUGCACCUCUUGCCUACGAUCCUUCAUUCAAAGUUGAGGUCCGCCUUCAUGAGCCACUCUGGAAGGUUCAGUUUUCUCCAGACGAUGUUGCUAUUGAAGUUCUGACUUUGUGUUCCCAACUGGAGCCACUUUGCAAGAAGGAGUACGCUACAACAAUGGGAAAGAUCGAUGCAGGCCACAAAGUGGAAUAUCAAAACAAAUUUGAACCGAAAGCACAAGUACUCUUUGAGAAAAUGCGAGAAAUGAUCCAUUUUCUUCCAGAUCCUAAACCAUCUUUGAAAGUAAGUUAGAUAUCAUCUGUGAUAAAUUA